AUGGUCUACACACUUGUUUUGAGUAUAGCAGCAGUAGCUGUCACUGUUUUAGCUCAACAAACUCCACCAGCAGGAUUUGAUUAUGGUGAAUGUGUUACCAAACGGAUCGUAUUCAAUCCAGAUCGCAUAUAUACAUUGAAAACUGAAGCUGAGAGGUACACAGUUGACCGUAGCAAAUACGACCUUACACUCGACUAUGGUAAUGUAGACUAUGUUCCAGGUGGAGUCAAUCUCAAUCUCCAAAAACCAACAUCGCCUGGAGGUCUGUCACAAGGAGCCAGAUUCUCGACUACACAGUAUAUGCGCUAUGCAAAAAUCACUGGCAGGUUUAGACCAGUGGCUGAAUCUGGAGCCAUCACAACACUGAUUACUUGGUCCGAAAGACAAAAGGCUAUUCCAGGCAGUUCUGAAAUGAUUCAGGAUGAGAUUGAUUGGGAAGUGGUGGGCACUCAUCCUACUGAUCCCCAAUACAAUUUGUUUACUGUCAAGUCCAAGGCUCUUGAGCGGGCAAUGCAUGGUGGUCCAUCUGGUGCCAAAAUUACUCCCAAUGCUACUCACGACUUUUUUAUCGACUGGCGUAAUGAUCGCGUCGAUUGGGGAAUAGAUGGUCGUGUUGUUCGUUCUAUUACUCGUGCCCAAUCCCGAUCAAAAACAUCGGCUUCAGGUAUGGGUCCCAAUGAUCCGUGGUUUCCUGAAUCUACUUCCCGAGUUCAAUUCUCUGUUUGGGAUGGAAGCGGUGUUGGCAGUUGGGCAGGUGGUCCUAUCCCCUUCAAUGAGCGAGCCAAGGUGUCUGCUUUUUACGAGUACAUUGACAUUCAGUGUUAUGAUGACAACAAUAAACCUGUUGCACGAUUUACUGCUGCCGAGCUGCCCUUAUCUCAAGGACCUAUUGCUGCAAACUCGUCUGCUCUAUCUACCAACACCACGUUUUUAGCUCCCGUUUCCACUACUUUAACAUCUGCCACUGCCACUGUCUCCGCUACCACCCAACCACAAAAUUCAAAGUCAUCUGCAGUUGCCAAAAGCCUGAAUGCUGGAUUUGUUGGAUUAAUGAGUGUAUGUGUUGCACUUUUGCUCUAG